AUGCUUAAGAAAGCCAAUGGGACAACAUUGGAACAUAAAACAAAUGUUGAGGUAGUCACGAAUAAUACGGAAAUUAUUGAAAGUGUUUUGCCACAGGAAAGUGUAACGCCAAAUGAAAAGGAAAUUGCAGAAGUUAGUAAUGAAAAUGUUGGCAAAGUUACCUCGAAGGAUCAACAGAAUGCCAACACAAGGCAAACCAAAUCGGCCAAAAGGGAGAAGCUGAAGACCAUUUUCAAUGAUGAAGCAGCCAAUAAACAGCAAAGUCAAGCAACUGCCAAAUCCCAAGUGGAGGCUACUGCAAAGGCGAGCAAAAAAACCUUAACUCAUUUCAGCCAAAAGAACUCGGAGAUUCUGGUGACCGAUGCCAUACGGAAACUCACCAAGAAGUCAGUGACCAGCGGCAGCAAUAAGGACAAACAACCCCCAUUUGCCACUCCAAACGAUAGCACUCCCUCAGCUGUGACGGCUCAUGGCAGUGUCAUAAUCGACAAGCAAGUGUCGGUCUCGGGUCCCUACAAGCGAGUCAAAUGCAUCUACACCAUCCUUAACAAUGAUCAGAUUAACGUCUUGCGCCGCCAUGCCCAGGACGCAGUGAAGCAAAACAAAAUCUUUACCAUCAGAGGUAACUACCAUUCAGUGCGUCAUGCUCUCAAGUCCCGAGGAUGGGUGGAAAAGUUGGAAUAUCAUCGCAGAUCGACCUUUGUGCCCAGCUCCCAAAUCAAUGUCUGCGAUUUGUCGCAGGUGCUGCCCAAACGCAAGACUGGCGAAACCCAGCGCCAGUUCAUAGCCAAAGUGGAGCGCAACAUAAUGUCGCGCUACAUAGAACAUGUGCCCUGUGACCUGCUGUGGACGCCGCACAAGGAGAAGGCCGAUUAUGUAGACCAAUCACGAAAUCCCAAUAUGCUUAUUAACAAAUUCAACCGAGCCCCCUUCACCAACAAGGAGAAUCUUAAUGCCUUUCUCAGAGAUAUAGCAGCCUUCUAUGAGGAGGGCGUGGUCGAGAGUCGUUUCCCACGCUGCUUCAAUGUUUGGUCUCCCGAGGAGUUGGGCGAGUUCAUAGAACAUUUUAAACUCACCGCCUGUGUAUCAUUCAUACGCUGGCUGGUGGAGAGAUAUCAGGCCGGGGGAUUUGAUGCAGUUUUCUCACCUUUGGGCAAGGUUCCCUUCAGCUGCAUUGAAUUUGCCUUUAAACGCUGCCACGAAUUCAUUGAUACCUGCCUACACAAUGACAUUGACAACGAUGACCCCAAUAUUUGGGAACAUGACUGGGAUGCCUUUCUUAACCACCACUACCAACUCACCCACGAGGGCUAUAAAAUCCUUGCCGAUCCCCAGCGUAUAGUGGAGAACAUUAUAGUCAGGGGAGUGCAGAUGAUUGACAGUCUGCUGCCCUAUUGGCAGCAAUACUCCAUAGAUGGCUAUCAAAACCUUUGGAUCAUAAAGCCAGCGAACAAAUGUCGUGGACGUGGCAUACUCUUGAGUAACAACCUUAAGAAAAUUGUCAACAUAGUUAAUCCUCCGAUUGCCUCGAAAAGUCGUUUUGUGGUGCAAAAGUAUAUGGAACGUCCUUUGAUUAUCCAUCAAACAAAGUUCGACAUACGUCAAUGGUUUCUGAUAUCCAACAUUCAGCCACUUAUGAUAUGGAUGUACAAGGAAUGCUAUCUGCGCUUCAGUUCACAAGAAUACACACUGACCAAUCAUCACGAAUCGGUGCAUUUGACCAACCAUGCCAUUCAAAAGAAAUACACAAACAAUGGUAAACGAGACAAACGUCUGCCCAAUGAGAACAUGUGGGAUUCCUAUUCAUUUCAAGCCUAUCUGCGGCAAAUUGGCAAACAGGAAUUAUGGCUGGAGCGCAUCUAUCCUGGUAUGCGUAAGGCAAUAGUGGCUGCCAUUUUGGUCUCUCAGGAUCACAUGGAGAGAACUCCCAAUACAUUUGAGCUAUUCGGUGCUGAUUUUAUGAUAUGUGAGAAUUUCUAUCCCUGGCUUAUUGAGAUAAAUUCGAAUCCCGAUUUGGGGGCCACCACCAGUGUGACGGCACGCAUGUGCCCCCAGUGUCUGGAGGAUGUCAUAAAAGUGGUAAUUGAUCGUCGCAAUGAUGGCAAAGCAGAUGUGGGUAACUUUGAAUUAAUCUAUCGUCAAAUAAUACCUCCAACACCUGCCUAUAUGGGCCUGAAUCUUAUCGUCCGUGGCAAACAGAUCUCAAAUCGUAACAGCAAUAAUCACAACAACUAUGGCUAUCAGCGCAAGGAGAAAACCUUACAGACUAGUCAACUGUAUAAGCAACGCACCUCGAUUGCCCUUGCCAAUGCAGCAGCAGCGCAGACAGCCCACAAGCCCAUGCCGGCUUUCAAUGCCACCGAGUACAUAGAAAAAUGCCUCAAUGCUGAGAUUGUCAAUAGUCCUCGCAGCACCAGUGUGCCUAGUUUGAUAGGUCUAUCGAAUAGUGAACGGAAACCUUUCCUUAAUGCUGAAAUUGCUUUGGACAAAAAAAGCAAAUCCUUUGCCAAUUUGGCAGCAGCAGCCGCAGGCCGUAUAACACCUAAACCACCCAGUCCAAAUCCUAUAUGCGAUGUUUAUUCCACCCUAAAGAGACACCGUAGCUGUGGUCCACGCCUGAAUACCCAUUGUGGAACCAAAGAUCUACAAAAAUCCAAAUUUUUUGUAGGCACUUACAAUCAGCAGAAGGCCAUAAACUCCUCGCGCAGUGCAGGACGCUUAAAACCCAAUUUGCUUGACACCCCCUCACUAAGUGUAAGUAAAUCGGCUGACAAUAUAAAAGAGCUAAGUAGCAAUGCGGCCAAUACAGGCGCCAAAACUGCUACCACAAAGAGUCUUAGUCCCCUAAUACCUGUACGAAGUGCCCUUACUUUGAAAUCACGCCUAGCAACUGCAGUCUGCAAGGAAAAGAUUUCUGAAAGCUAUGAAUCCAAUUCCACGGCAACCAUGCACGCCAUAGGCAGAGGUAUUUCCAGCUGGAAUACAAAAAGAAAAAUCAGCGCUCCGAAACAAAUGCCUCUCCAAUCAAUACCUUAAGAAGAGCUACUGCUUAAUCUUAAAAGUGCAAUAGAGAAAGAGCAGCAAUGCAUUUGGCAACAC